CUCUCUGAUAAAGUGAGGAAAAAGGUUCAAGCUGCCUUCCCAGUUUUUGAGGUUGAGGGCGGAGGGAGAGUUCAUGCCCCCGUCGAGUACACCCAAAUUAAGGAUCUAGCAGAGGCGGUUAGAAAAUAUGGUGUAAAUGCCAAUUUUACUCUAGUAAUGCUAGAAAGGUUUGCUGGUGUGGCUAUGACACCCGCUGACUGGCAAAUGUUGGCUAAGGCAGCGCUCCCUACCAUGGGUCAAUACAUGGAAUGGAAGGCGCUAUGGCAUGAGGCUGCACAAGCUCAAGCCAGGGCAAACGCUGCUGCACUGACCCCCGAGCAGCGAGAUUGGACCUUUGAUAUGUUAACAGGCCAGGGCCCAUUUGCCGCUGAUCAGACGGCUUUCCCAUGGGGUGCUUAUGUUCAAGUUUCUAGCACUGCCAUUAAGGCUUGGAAGGCACUCCCCAAAAAAGGGGAAGCUUCUGGGCAACUUACUAAUAUCAUUCAGGGACCUCAGGAACCAUUCUCAGAUUUUGUGGCUCGAAUGACAGAAGCAGCGGGGCGCAUCUUUGGGGACCCUGAUCAGGCUGCGCCUCUUGUUGAACAACUGAUUUUUGAGCAGGCGACCCAGGAAUGCCGCGCGGCCAUAGCGCCCAGAAAAGGUAAAGGUGUACAGGAUUGGCUCAGAGUUUGUCGAGAACUCGGGGGACCCCUGACCAAUGCAGGGCUGGCAGCUGCCAUCCUCCAGUCGCAGAGACUGCCUAGACAGGGACAGCCAAGACAGGGGCGGAACCAGAGAGUUUGUUUUAAAUGCGGUCAACCGGGACAUUUAAAAAAGGACUGCCAAGCCCCGGACAGGGAUAAGGGCCCCCAGAGUACAGACUCCCUCUGUUCCCGCUGUUCCAAGGGAUAUCAUAAGGCUGCUCUCUGCCGUUCCGUUAGAGAUAUCAAAGGGCGACUCCUUCCGCCGCUCACAGAACAACACCAAGUGGUUCAAAAAAACGUGAAGAUGGGCCCCCGUUCCCAGGGCCCCCACAAGUAUGGGGACAAGGCCAACCAGAGUCGAGGAGAAAGGGAGGAGAGCCUGUCGGAAGACACACAGGAUUGGACCUGCACGCCUCCUCCGACUUCUUAUUAA